AUGGCUACCGACGGACAGCUUUUCGCAGGUCCGUUAGGGAAGCUGCUAAGAGCCAUCGCCGGCGGGAGCGAAGAAGCCGUGGUCUUGAUAGGUGGCCCGGUGCCGUUCAAGUAUACGUACACCGGCAUCGGGCCCGUGGACGCUAUAAUCUCGCAUUGGACGGCCUUCGUGGCCGCGCUGAUCGACGACCCUGAGCUCCGCUGGAACACCUGGGCGCUCUACAUCGAGUCCAUGGGCCAGUUCUGCGUCGGAUGGGGUCUGCUCUUGCUCGAGUGUAGGCGAGCGGGAAACCGCGGUCUCUUCGUUAGUUGGGCUGGAACCCUCGGCGUGGUUUUCCAGGCGAUCUCGUGGGCGUUUUCUUUACCGCUAUACUUCGGAUUACAUCUUCUCACGUCGCCUAUCUCGAAGUUGGAAAGCAAGGGCGGCAGAAUUACGGGCGAAUCUGCGAAGCUCCUAUUCGUGGACCUCUGGGACCUAGCACUUAUGCCCAUCUCCCUGACCUUGGGAACUCUUAUUCCUACUCUCUUCAUGAGCUUGCCCUCGCUCUUCUCUUCUAUCGGCCACUAUAGCUGGAUUGCGUUCUGGAUUCCGUUUGGACCGUGGACGGUGAUUGCUAUGGACCUAUUCAAGAGCGUGGGUAACUCCACAGUUGGCGCUCUUAGCCCGAAGGACACCAACGGCAAGCCUACUACACCCGGCAAGGGCUUUUACGUAGCUGUGUCGACAGUAUACCAAUUCAACAUGGCAGUUUCCGUGCUAACACACUUGCCAUUCAUGGUCACAUCCGUGCUACCCGGCCCCUUACGUUCCGCUCUCAUUUACGCAUUCCCCGGCUUUGCUUCCUUUUUCUCGGACAUCACUUUCACGAAGACGUGGCUGCCCCACCCCUUCCUCGGACAGCCGGCAAUAGACCCGCUCGCCAACGGACCCGGUAGGUUCGGUCCCUUGGUUGCCGAUUUCUACCUGUUCGAUCUGUACCUAGGAAACGGAGCGAUGCUUCUAUGGGCCUUGUACUUGUAUCUUCAACAAACCGGAUCCUCUCCGGCGAAGGCCAUACAAACGGCCGCAAAGUGGUCUUUCCUUGGAGGCUUCGUAGCUGGUGCGUUUGCACUGCUCUGGGAGCGUGACGAGCUUGUCCAGGAGAGCGAGAGCGACGCGAAGAGGAAAUGA